CUCGGCAUUUAAAUUGAGCUGCAGGACAUCAGCUGCUGCUACACUCAGCGCUGAGCUCUGACAGAAAAUACCCCCGUAGCUCUAGCAAAACAGGCUACUCGUAUUUUUUUUUUAUUUUUGACACGAAAACGGCAGAAAUAUUAGUUUGUCCCGACGAGGUUUUGUGUUGUUUUGUGUGCUGAAGAGCGGGAGCGGUUGAACAAUAAGGGUGGUUGCGCUCUGACAGCAGGUCGGUGCAUCAUUUUUGGGAUUCCUCUGCUAGUUAGCCCUUGGACGAAAAUUGAAUAGCGGUAACGGGAUGUUGUGCAUGAGCAGCGUGAUUUAGGCCUUUCUGGACAGUGUUUGUUUACUGAAAUAGAUUGGCAAACAAAUAACAACUUCAUUUAAUGCAGUGUUUCUUUGGUCCAGGAGCAUAAGUGGCCUGGACUUGGCAGGAUCUAUGGACUCGGUGAUGAUAGUACAUUUGAAGGUUUAAAUUCUGAUAAAACAUAUAUAAUCUUUAUAUAUUUUAUUUAACAUCAGACCAGACAUCAGUAUUAUCAGUAACAACAACAGUCACAGACAGACAGACUGACUGACGGGCUUUAUUUCAUCUAUAUAUUUUUUUCCUGAGGCUGAUUUUCAGCAAUUUGUUUUCCAAAACAGACUUUUAAGGUGAUUUUUCCAGAAAAAUAUAUCAUUUAGUGUGCAUUAGUUUGUAUAUGUCAGUAAAUUAGGUUUGAAUUAGGUUAGAGCUUCAUCUGACUUUUUGAAACUGUUUUAAUUUGGAGUAUCUAAUUCCUCAAGGACAUAACAAAUUUGUAGACUUUUCAGGAUAUACCUGUCAGUCAGCAACGAGAAUAGGCAUCUUUGACCAGUUACACUCAUUGGAGGCUUUACUAGUGUAACAAUAAGCAACCAGCAACCAUGUUCAGCUGGCUUGGAACCGACGACAGGAGGAAGAAGGAGCCAGAAGUCUUUCAGACAGUCAGUGAAGGACUUAAGAAGCUCUACAAAACCAAACUCCUGCCGCUGGAGGAGAGCUACAAGUUCCACGAGUUCCACUCUCCAGCUCUAGAGGAUGCAGACUUUGACAACAAGCCAAUGGUGUUACUGGUUGGACAGUACUCCACUGGCAAGACAAGCUUCAUACGCUACCUGUUGGAGCAGGAUUUUCCUGGAAUGAGAAUUGGCCCUGAACCCACCACCGAUUCCUUCAUCGCUGUGAUGCACGGCGACACAGAAGGAGUCAUCCCCGGCAACGCUUUGGUGGUUGACCCCAAGAAGCCCUUCAGGAAGCUGAACGCAUUUGGAAACGCAUUCCUCAACAGGUUUGUGUGUGCACAGUUGCCUAACCCAGUGCUGGAGAGCAUCAGUGUGAUUGACACACCAGGGAUUCUCUCAGGGGAGAAACAGAGAAUUAGUCGAGGCUAUGACUUUGCGGCUGUGUUGGAGUGGUUUGCAGAGAGAGUGGACAGGAUCAUAUUAUUGUUUGACGCCCACAAACUGGACAUCUCGGACGAGUUCUCAGAGGUUAUAAAGGCCCUGAAGAACCAUGAGGACAAGAUCAGGGUUGUGCUGAACAAGGCUGACCAGAUAGAAACCCAGCAGCUGAUGAGGGUGUAUGGUGCCCUGAUGUGGUCACUGGGGAAAAUAGUCAACACCCCUGAGGUGAUCCGCGUCUACAUCGGUUCGUUCUGGUCCCACCCUCUGUUGAUUCCAGACAACAGGAAGCUGUUUGAAGCAGAAGAGCAGGACUUAUUUAAGGACAUUCAGUCUUUACCGAGAAAUGCAGCGCUUAGAAAACUCAACGAUCUGAUCAAGAGGGCAAGACUAGCCAAGGUCCAUGCCUACAUCAUCAGCUCACUGAAGAAAGAGAUGCCCUCAGUGUUUGGGAAGGAGAACAAGAAGAAAGAACUGAUCGGCAGUCUGGGAGAUAUUUACAAACGCAUUGAGAGAGAGCAUCAGAUAUCACCUGGAGAUUUUCCUAGUCUUAAGAAGAUGCAGGAUCAACUCCAAGCUCAGGAUCUCAACAAAUUCCAGCCUCUGAAACCCAAACUCCUGGAAGCAGUGGACGACAUGCUGGCCAAUGACAUCGCUGGCUUAAUGGUCCUGGUCCGCCAAGAAGAAAACCAGCGUCCUAACCCAGUUGUGAAGGGCGGCGCGUUUGACGGUACUUUGGACGGCCCGUUUGGCCACGGGUACGGCGAAGGAGCUGGGGAAGGCAUCGACGAGGCAGAGUGGGUCGUCGCCCGUGACAAACCUGCUUAUGAUGAGAUUUUCUACACGUUAUCUCCCGUCAACGGGAAGGUGACGGGGGCCAACGCCAAGAGGGAGAUGGUGAAGUCAAAACUGCCCAAUACAGUGCUGGGAAAGAUCUGGAAGCUGGCAGAUAUCGAUAAGGAUGGGAUGCUUGAUGAUGAGGAGUUUGCGUUGGCCAAUCACCUGAUUAAAGUGAAACUGGAGGGACAUGAACUGCCAUCAGAUCUGCCUGCACACCUGGUGCCGCCUUCCAAGAGGAAAAUACCUGAGUAAAUGUAAGAUUACACCCACCCCUAUCCCUAAAACCUGUAAGUAGAUCCUCCCCCUUUCACAUCCCACUUAAAAUAGAAAUAUUCCUGUAGCAUUAUAGCAAAAACUAAAUUAGACCCCAUUUCCAUCUGCCAUUCCCUCUCUGCUGCUGUCACCCUCACAUCUACAGUCUUUCCUUCCCCCCAAGAGGCAAAUAUUAGAGUAAAAUAUUAAGUUACAUUCAGAAAAAAAGUUAGGGAAUACUAAGUGGCUGAUUCCAUGCUUUUACCAGGGUAGAAAAACUGGAUCUUGACGAGUUCCUUGAAUAAAGUCAAGUCAUUAGCCCAGUGUCCUCCUUUGUAUUAAGGGUGAGAUAUGUUAGAGAUGUUUAGGACAGCUGAUAAAGUAAUUAGUAAAGAAACUUACACAAUACACACUGGAAUACAGCAAAAUGUGAGUUGAUCCAAGCUACUGGAAGAAAAGGAGAUGCAACAAUGUGAAGACAAAAAGUGAAGAAGGUCAUUUUGUGAAAAAGACUGGGAUAUAAAAAAGUAAAUAAACCGCCUUCUCCCCCUUUAAAACUUUAUCUAUAAUAGAAACUAUUAUCAUAUUGACUGCAGUACUCCACCCAACCUGCAAAACAUUUCACAGUUCUUGUAUCUCGAGGUGUUUUUGUCCCCUGGCACGGCUGAGUAUUCUGGCCUUUGUUUCAUGGCGACAUAUAACAAACAGCUACAAAGACUUCCUGGCAAGCGGCGGGAGAAUACACACAAACACACACAAAUGUGUAGAAGCACACACACAGAAAAUGAACAUGAGUUCUGGUAACAUAGUUUCUAACCAGAGCAGUUCACAGUACAACACCUCCUCUUACCUUAAAAAAGAAAAUGGCCCUAGAUCAUCUUUUUAAAACCGUAAAUGUGAUAUACAGAUGUUGAUGUUUUUGUGUGUGUGUGUGUGUGUGUGUGUGUGUGUGAGGUGAGUUUACGACAUCAUUUACUGUAGCAUCUGGAUUGACCUACUGCGAUGAAAGAGGAAAAUCUUUCUCUAAUGGGGAAACAAGCACGUGAGAAACUGAGGAUGAUGAUUUUUACAUAGUUCUAAAUAUCAUUAACAUGUUUGGAAAUACUGUGACUGUAAUAUGAAACCAUAUAAUGAGUAUUGUUUGGACACAUGAGUGUGCUGACAUCCUCAGUAUAAAUGUAUUGUAAGGACUUUGAAUGUUGAAUGUGCAGACGUUCACGGUUCUGUGUGGGCACAUCCUGACUGUUGUAUGUACACACAUGACCACAUGUAUCAGUGGUAUUAUUUGUAACAUAUAUGUUUAAGUCUUAAGCAUUACACAAGCUACUGAUUCCGGAGUAUUCCAGUGGGUUAUUAAUUGAAAAUCGGAUGAAUCAGUUAUUGUUUACCAUCUGAAAGUUGUUUAACCUGGCAGUCAAGAGAGUGAACACAGCUUAUUUUGUAGUAACAAAACACUAAUUGACACAUUUUUCAGAUGUUUGUUUUAAAUUGUAUACAUGUAAUAAAUGUAAUCCCUCUGUACAAUGUUUCUGAUUUACUGUAGCGAUAUGCCAGUAUGUAUGUGUGUGUGUGUGUGUGUAUAUAUAUACUUCACGUUUGACCAUGUUUGUUGCUGAUCGUAAAAUGAAACUAAACAUACUAAAUUUGGGUUACCAUAUGAUAAGAAAUGUUCACUAUAUGUUUUAUGGCUGAGACAAUAUUCACCCAUCUUGAGCCACAGAAUUGAAAUAUGUCCAGUUUUUGUGCCCCUCCCUGUUUGUCUCUGUGCCGUUACUGUGAAUCUACUGUACAUAAAAAGACUGUUCGCAUUCCAUGAACACAGAUUGGGAAAUCAGCCACCUCCAUCUCUGGGUGCUUUGUGCAUCACUACUAGCUCACAUUUCACAGGCGAGCCACAACAGAUCAACGGAAUAAAUGUUAAAAGCAUGCUUGUUAGAAGUGGAUUCUCUGCAAAACAAAGUCCUUCAGAUUCACAAAUUGUUUUCAUACCCUGACAGAUUGCAACAUGACGUCCUGUGUACUGGUAAAUACACUGGCGUAAUGGUAUUUUUCUGUUUUAAGAUGGUUAUGCAUUGCAAAAUCUGUACCACACUGCUUUUCUGUCGACAUAAACAAUAGUCCAAAAGUGUAAUAAAGAUUCAUUUACUCUG